ACCUUGGUCUCUCACUUAACGAGUUGUGACGGCUGCGGCCUCACCUUCCAAAUCACCGAGCACCACAUCUCGCUUGCUCUCAGACUCCGGCCCCUUACUGACCCAUGGCGACGGCCGCGACCGCAUCCGCCACCCGCUUCACCGCCGCGGCCGGCGGCGCUUUCCAUGGAUUACGGUGGCGGUGCUCUCCUCCGGCCUACCAGGGCGCCAUCCUCUCAGCCAGGCCGAGGGCCGUCUCCCUCACGCCCCAACGGCGCUUCGUAGCCCCAUCCGCCCUCUACAAGGCCGACAUCCAGACCAAGGAGGAGGGCCUCCCGGAGACACUCGAUUACCGGGUCUUCUUCCUCGAUGGCUCCGGCAAGAAUAUCUCACCGUGGCACGAUGUGCCCUUGCAUGUGGGAGACGGGGUCUUCAACUUCGUUGUGGAGAUCCCCAAGGUGUCGAGCGCGAAGAUGGAGGUGGCCACCGAUGAGCCGUUCACGCCUAUAAAGCAGGACACAAAGAAGGGGAAGCUUCGAUACUACCCGUACAAUAUAAACUGGAAUUAUGGAUUACUUCCUCAAACAUGGGAAGACCCAUCUUUUGCUAAUGCAGAAGUUGAAGGGGCUUUUGGAGAUAAUGAUCCAGUUGAUGUUGUUGAGAUAGGUGAAAGACGGGCUAAGAUUGGUGAUAUCCUUAAGGUGAAACCCUUGGCAGCUUUAGCCAUGAUUGACGAAGGGGAGCUAGACUGGAAGAUUGUUGCUAUUUCAUUGGAUGAUCCUCGAGCUUCACUUGUAAAUGAUGUUGAUGAUGUUGAGAAGCAUUUUCCAGGAACUCUUACUGCUAUAAGAGACUGGUUCAGAGACUACAAGAUUCCAGAUGGAAAGCCUGCUAAUAAAUUUGGUCUUGGAAACAAAGCUGCAAACAAGGACUAUGCUUUGAAAGUUAUUACUGAGACAAACGAGUCAUGGACAAAAUUGAUGAGAAGAUCAGUUCCUGCUGGAGACCUUUCGCUGUUAUGACUUCUAUUCUGGUGAAGUAACAAGAAGACUGCUAGAUUUUUUUAAUGUUUGCGGAGGGUUUAAAUAUGCACAUACAGGUUUAAAAUUCAAAUAAUGCAUGAUUGGUAUGAUAUUUGUCAUCAUCCACAUGCGUGGUCUCCUGUUAGACAAACAUAAUGUUUUGAUCACCUCAAUGCUAAUCGACUCAAUCAUCUCAUGGAAGAUUUGCUUAUUGAA